AUGGGUUUUCUCCGACGUCCCAGACUACGGAAUCGCGAUGAUCAGCGCACGCGGGCGGCGGAGCUCACGCUGAGAGAGAGUAUUGGGCCAUUGUGUCUUGUUACGAUUUUGUUUUUUCUAUGGGGCUUCUCGUAUGGUCUCAUUGAUACGCUGAACAAGCACUUUCAAAACACGCUGGGAAUUACGCGGUCGCGCUCGUCGGGACUGCAAGCUGCGUACUUUGGUGCGUAUCCGCUUGCGUCGCUGGGACAUGCGAAUUGGAUCUUGCGACACUGGGGGUACAAGGCUACGUUCAUCUGGGGUCUGACGCUGUUUGGCAUCGGAGCUCUGCUUGCAUGGCCGUGCUUGGUGUACCGCUCGUUUGGCGGCUUUUGUGCGGCCACUUUUGUGAUUGGAAAUGGACUUGGAUCGCUGGAGACGGCGGCGAACCCGUAUCUUGCAGUUUGUGGACCGCCAAAGUACUCGGAAAUCAGAAUCAACAUUGCGCAGGCAUUCAACGGUAUUGGAACCGUCGUUGCGCCCGUACUGGCCUCGUAUGUCUUUUUCGACAACGUAGGAACGGACCAAAAGUCAUUGGAGAAUGUGCAAUGGACAUAUCUGGGCAUUGCAUGCUUUGUCUUUGCACUGGCAGUCGUGUAUUACUUUACCGACAUUCCAGAGAUUACUGAAUCAGAUGCCGACAUGGCCUUUCAGGCUGAGAGCGCGAAUGCUGGCACCGACGUUGAGCCGUUCCGCAAGCAGUACCGUCUCUUCCACGCGACGUUUGCUCAAUUCUGCUACACUGGCGCACAGGUUGCCAUUGCCGGCGCAUUCAUCAACUACGUUACUGAAACGCGCGUGAAGAAUGGAAUAGUGACAAGCAAUGCUACAGCAUCACGAUUUCUCGCGGGCGCGCAAGGAUGCUUUACGGCUGGUCGGUUUACGGGCAGCGCAAUCAUGAAGGUGACGAAGCCGCGAUGGGUAUUUCUUACCUUUAUGACCAUGUGCAUCAUCUUCAUUAUUCCCGCCAUCACGGAGCGAGGCGACACGGGCAUGAGCAUGCUGUAUGUUGUGCUCUUCUUCGAGAGUAUCAUUUUCCCGACCAUUGUGGCGCUGGGCAUGCGUGGACUGGGCAAGUAUUCGAAGCGAGGAUCGGGCUUCAUUGUGGGGGGUGUUGCUGGCGGCGCUGUGGUGCCGCCUCUGCUCUUUGCAGCCAGCGACUCACGGGGCAAGCCGAGGCCGCUUGAGGGGUAUGCGCCAACUGCGACUGCCAUGACGGUGCCGCUGGCCUUUUUCGUGGCCGCAUCGACGUACGCCUUCUGCGUCAACUUUGUGCCGGCGUACAGGAACGUCGUCGACUCCUUCUCGGCAGCCGAGAUUGGCAUCACCAACGCGCAUGCCAAUGAUCCGGAGAACCAGAUUGUGCACGGUGACAAGGCCGUGUCGCCGGACCAUACCGAGCACGUUGAUGGCGAGAAGAAGGCAUAG